AUGUCGGGUCCUCAAAAUAGAUUAAAGCAGUUGUCCAACAUUUUGACCCCAACAAAAUCGCCCAACAUCCACUCGUCGUUGGCGCCCGAGCACCCGUUCAAGAUAUGUGUCAUUGGUUCCGGAAACUGGGGCACGACGAUCGCCAAGGUGUUGGCCGAGAAUGCCGCCGCUAGACCGGGUCUUUUCAGCCACAACGUCAAGAUGUGGGUGUUUGAGGAAAAAAUUGACGGCAAGAAGUUGACGGAAAUCAUCAAUGAGCAACACGUUAAUAUCAAGUACUUGCCCGGGGUCAAGUUGCCCAGCAACUUGAUUGCCGAGCCCAGCCUAUUGAAAACCGUCGAGGGCGCCGACUUGAUUGUCUUCAACUUGCCCCACCAGUUCUUGCCCAAGAUCUUGAAACAAUUGAAAGGUAACGUCAAGCCCACCGCGAGAGCCAUCUCGUGCUUGAAAGGUUUGGAAGUCAACAAGGAUGGAUGCAAGUUGUUGUCUACCUAUAUUACUGAGGAAUUGGGCGUGCAAUGCGGCGCUUUAUCCGGAGCCAACUUGGCUCCCGAAGUCGCUAGAUGCAAAUGGUCCGAAACGACAGUCGCCUACUCGUUGCCUGCCGACUACCGCGGCGCCGGCAAGGACAUUGACCAAUUUGUGCUCAAGGCUGCGUUCCACAGACCCUAUUUCCACGUCAAUGUCAUUGAAGACGUUGCCGGUGUGUGCAUAGGCGGUGCCUUGAAGAACAUCGUGGCGUUAGCAGUGGGUUUCGUUGAAGGCUUGGGCUGGGGUGAUAAUGCCAAGGCCGCCAUCAUGAGGGUGGGACUCUUGGAAACGAUCAAGUUCUCGGAAAUGUUCUUCCCGGAAAGUAAAGCUUCCACAUUUACUGCUGAAUCCGCUGGUGUUGCGGACUUGAUCACCACAUGCAGUGGAGGUAGAAACGUCAAGGUUGGAAGAUACAUGGCUCAAACUGGUGCGUCUGCCGAGCAGGCGGAGAAGAAGUUGUUGAAUGGACAAAGUUCGCAAGGUAUCGUUACGGCAAAGGAAGUGCAUGAAUUGUUAACUAAUGUCGACAAGUUGGCUGAGUUCCCCUUGUUUGAAGCUACUUAUCAAAUCAUUUACGGCUCAGAGUCUAUUGAAAACUUGCCCAACUUGUUGAACAAGAGCGCAUAA